AUGACAUGUCAGUGUUUAUGUCCACGGGCCACGGGCCUCCUGCCACGUGGCGGGCGUGGAUUCGCCUGCCUGGAUGCCGCGUGGCGGAGGAUGCCUGAGCGGAGAUGUGGGAGUGGUGCCGGAGGUCGGCUCGCGGGAGGAGCCGAAGCUGGAGCCUGGAGGAGGCGGGCAUCACUGCACGGGAGGCGCAGCGGCGGUGACCGAGGAGCUGCGGGCGGAGGGCACUGCCGGUGUCGGGAGGCGAGGACGCGGGAGGCGCCGCGUGCUGUGGGAGCCGGCGCUGGUAGACGGGGGAGCCGUGAGCAGAGGAGCAGAGGCGCGGAAAGACAGAGGCUGCCGAGGGAGCUGGGAGGCGGCGGAGCCGGAGCGAGUGGUGGGAAGCGGCGCUGGCCGAGACCGAGAUACGGGCUGAGGACGGCAGGAGUCGGGAGGUGCGUGGGCCGCUCGCGGGCUGAGCUGCGGGGAGGCGCAGCGGCGAUGACCGGGGAGCUGCGACUGACGGCGAUGGAGUACGGUCGACGGGACGCGCUAUCAGGUAGUGGGCAGUGGCGAUAG